AUGAGUGAACCAAUGUCCGAUGAUGACGAGAACGCUAUCACAGAGCGUACUCCUCUUGUGGGGACUUCGACGAUUCAGGGGACCCCCGCGUUAGCUUCCGCCUCGGCUUGGAAGCCCGGUCGAUCGAGGUCAACUACGCUUGCAUCUUCUAUCUCCAGCGCCGAAAACACCAUAUCAUGGAUGCAUAAUCCUAAUAUCAUCUUAAGCCUCUGCUAUUUGAUCGUCCUCGUCGGUUCUCUCGCCGGUGGCUUCCAGCAGAUUCCUAUGACGAGGAUAUAUGAAGACAUUAUCUGCCAUGAAUAUUACGGCCAAUCACCAACCUCGGGCGAACCGAUUGAUGAGGUGCUCUGCAAAAAGGAUCCUAUACAGUCCGAGUUAGCGUAUCUGUUUGCAUUUUUAGAGGCUCUUAACUCUGGCAUCGGUUGUCUUGUUGCCCUUCUCUGGGGGAUCCUCGCUGAUCGCAUCGGCCGCAAACCGGUAUAUGCUACCGCUGCAGUGGGCAUGAUGUUCCAUGUGCUGUUGAUUAUGAUUGUGGGCUGGUUUCCAGACACGUUCCCGGUUCGAUGGAUUUGGAUAUCAUCUGUAGCGCAUCUAUCUGGAGGUCCACCAGUUAUUGGUGCUUGCACGUAUAGUAUGGUGAGCGACAUAAUUCCCGAAUCUAGUAGGUCAAUUGCAUUCAUGAGAAUUCAUGUUGCAAGCCUAGCGGGCAACUUAGUCUCACCGGCACUGGCAUCUGCUGUGAUGUCUACAACAGGUCCUUGGCCCGUUAUGUGGCUCACCAUCGUACUAUGGGCCCUAACCGCUGCUCUAAUUGCGAUUACCCCAGAAACAUUCCGCCGACCCAUGCAUUUAGAUGUAACCGAUUCUACACUAACAUUCAAAACGCGUGUAUUACGAGGCUUUAACCAGUUGAAAGACUCCUUGUCUAUCAUCCGAACAGGCUCUGUUACUCUCAUUCUUUGCAUAUGCCUCUUGUCAAUGCCUGUCGUGAUGUGUACACUCCAGUUCAUGGUCCAGUAUAUUUCGAAGCAUUAUCAUAUCCCAAUAGCCAAAACUGGUUAUAUUCAAUCUGUCUUUGGGAUCGCUCAUAUAGUCGUCGUUCUAUUGAUCGUUCCAGGCUUGUCUAAAUUAGUCGUUCAACCAACAACACCGAAAUUCUUCCGUGUAGCAAAUGAGAAAGACCGUGACCUAAUACUAGCACGGUGGUCUUACGUGGUCUACGCUAUAGGUAGUUUCAUCCUUGGUGUAUCUCCGAACUUACCUGUGUUCGUAACCGGCCUUGUUGUUAUGUCUCUUGGCUCCGGAUCGGCAAGUUUCAUCAAAAGUAUCGCGACCUCGCAUAUCGACAUUGAACAUCGGUCUAGGCUGUUUAGCAUCAUGGCGCUCUUGGAUGUAGGAAGCAAUAUCUGGGCAACGCCUGCCCUGGCUGGCCUUUUUACGCUGGGUAUGCGAUUGGGCGGGGUUUGGAUUGGUUUGCCAUAUAUCGGAGUAUCAAUAUCAUGUAUUAUGAUGUUAAUCCUGGCACUGUUCGUGCGGACGCCGAUGACCGAUCGUGAUGAUAAAACGCCACCGGAGCUUGGAUCUACCAUAGAAGACGCUACAUGA